AUGGCUUCAUUUUACAGCAACAUGGGCAUUGUCCUAAUGGAAAUGGGUAGGUACACUGAGUCUAUAUCAUAUUUGCAAAAAUGUCUUGAAGUCCAGCAAGAAAACCUUGGGUCUAACCAUCCUGACAUUGCCGACACAUACAGUAGCAUUGCUCGAGCACUUAGAUACAUGGGCAACUAUACAGAGGCCCUUAGAUAUCAAGACAAAUGUAUUGAAAUCUUAGAAGGGGGAUUAGGUCCAAAACAUCCUAAUACAGGCAUUGGAUAUGACGCACAUGGCACAAUCCUGAAGGAAAUGGGUAGGUUUAGAGAAGCAUUUACUUUCCACCAGAAAAGUAUUGACGUCUUAGAGUCAUCAUUUGGUUCUAAAAACGUUCAUACUGCUUCGGCUUACGGCAAUAUUGGUGAUGUUUAUAGAGAAAUGGGGGUGUAUAAAGAAGCCCUCAAGUAUAGCAAGAAAUCCCUUUCAGUAUAUGAAGAAAUCCAUGGCCCCAAACAUCCUCUAACUGCCAGAAUAUAUAACAAUAUUGGUAACACAUUGACCGAAAUGGGUAAUAAUCCAGACGCAUUAGCUUAUUAUAAGAAAUCGCAUGUAAUCUUGAAAGAUGUACUCGGGCCACAGCACAUUGACACUGUCAAAGCAAAUACAAAUAUUUGUAAAAUACUACAGGAAACUGGUAAGCCAGAAGAUGCACUUAAAUAUUACUCUGAAAACCUUGACACCAUGACAGAGCUCAUGGGUCCAAAGCACCCUGAAACAUCUGCCAUAUACAACAGCAUGGGCAACUUGUACUGUGAUAUGGGCAGGUAUGAAGACGCAAUUGCAUGUUAUCAUAAAUGUCUUGAAGGCAGGGAGGAAGUCCUUAAACCCAAUCAUCCGGAUACUGCUGAUACUUAUAGCAGUAUGGGUCUGACGCUUGCUCACAUGGGUAAGAAUAGAGAUGCACUCACGUACCAUAAUAAAAGUCUUGAAGUUUUGGAAAAAGUUCGUGGAUCCAAACACCCUGACACUGCCAGUGAAUACAGCAAUAAAGCAUUUGCACUUAGUGAGUUAAGGGAACAUGCAGAGGCACUUACAUACUACAAAAAAGCUCUUGACGUAAGAAGAGAGAUACUUGGUGACAAACACCCUGAUACUGGCCUGCUAUAUCACAACAUUGGCUGUGUCCUGCAUGAUAUGGGCAAGUAUUCAGAGGCCCUGACAUAUUAUGAGAAAUGUCGUGAAGUCUAUUAUGAACAUUACGGCCCCAUGGACAUGUUUGCCAAUACAUGA